UAGUUUGGAUGGUGAUGUUUUGUUGUGCAAAAAAUGAGUGAUUUAAAAAAAGUAGCUAGGUUUGAGGUUUCCAUCAAGUACGUUUGAAGGCCUAAAUAUAGAGAUAGAGCUAAGGCUUUAAUUCUUUUUUUUUUCCCCUUUCCAUAUUUUCUCCUUAGGGAAUCAAAGGGACAAAACAAACCAUCAUUGUCUUCUUCUAGGUGAUCGUCAAAGGAAGAGAGGCCUUUUUGUGUUUUCACUCUUCUUUUUCUCUAACCCUUAAUAUUUUUUUUAUUCACUUUUCAAAGAGAGGGUGGUAAAAAGAAGAGAGAAAAAGAAAUGUGGCUUGGGAAAGGAAAUUCCACGAAGAGAGGGGGAAAUGGAGGAGGAAAUGGAUUGGUAGCCGUCGCCAUUGACAAUGAUAAAACAAGUCAAAUUGCUUUGAAAUGGGCAAUUGAGAAGCUUCACAACAAAGGCCAACCCCUCAUUCUCAUCCAUGUUUUUCAAAGAGCCUCCUCCAUUAGUGCAAGUCAAGGAUUGCAUUCGGAGCCAUUGGCAACAGGAAGGUCACAUCUCGAGAGAUUGACCAAGGACCUCUUCCUUACAUUUCAUUGUUAUUGUACACGUAAAGACGUACAAUGUUACGAUGUUAUACUUGAAGACAAUGAUAUCGUGAAAGCGUUGACAGAAUAUGUUUCCUAUGCUGCGAUAGAGAGAUUGGUUUUAGGUGCCCCGACUCGCCAUGGAAUACUGAGGAAAUUCAAGCCAGAUGUACCCAGUGUUGUAGUGAAAGGAGCUCCAGACUUUUGCACAGUUUAUGUGAUUUCAAAAACGAGCAAGACAUCUACAAUAUCCCAUGCGUCUCGUCCAGCACCAUAUGUAUCUCCUUUACUAGAUGAAAUACAACAACAAAACAAUAAUAACACUUAUGCUCAUGAUGACGAUCAUGCAUCUGAAAUAUCAUCCUCCAGAAGCACAAGUCUACGAGAACGGACACAAGUAAAACCUCGAAUCUCUGUCGAUGAAUCUUUCAGGUCGCCAUUAACGAGAGGAGGACGAGCAAUGAAUGCAAGAUCAUUUGCAGAAAUGUUGGAAACAGAAAGUAGUACUCCCGACAUGUCGUUUAUUUGCUCCUCUGGGAGACCAAGCACCGACAGAGCUUCUUCAGUUGCUUUAGAUCCCUUUGAAUCUUCAUCCUUCUCCAACCCUAGAAUCUCUACUAGCUCAGACAACAGCAGCACCUUCGGCUCCAUUCUUUCUACAAACAAGUUUGUUGACUUGACUUCCAUGCAAGAGUUCUCCUUUGUUUCCCAAGACAGUGCUCGAACAUCCUCGGUUUCAUCAUCUCAAAUCGUGCAAGAUGAAAUGGAAGCUGAGAUGAAGAGACUAAGGUUGGAGUUGAAGCAAACCAUGGAACUUUACAAUACAGCCUGCAAAGAAGCUGUUGCAGCUAAACAAAGGGCCGUGGAGAUGCAACGAUGGAGAAACGAAGAAGAACAAAAAUUGGAAGAAGCAAAAACCUCCGAAGAAGCAGCCCUAACAACCGUAGAGCAAGAGAGAGCCCGGUGCAAAGCAGCAAUGGAGUCGGCUGAGGCAGCUCAGAAAGUAGCGGAAAUGGAAGCCCACAAGAGAAUGUCCGUAGAACUGCGAACCCUCAAAGAAGCAGACGAGCUGAAGAAAGCAAUGACCUCCCUAGCCAAAUCCGACAUCCGAUACCGACGAUACUCGAUCGAAGACAUCGAAAGGGCCACCGACAACUUCCACGAGUCCAAAAAGAUCGGCGAAGGCGGUUACGGCCCAGUUUUCAAGUGCUACCUCGACCACACCCCGGUCGCCGUCAAAGUCCUCCGCCCCGACGCCGUCCAAGGCAGAUCGCAGUUCCAGAGAGAGGUCGAGGUCUUGAGCAUGAUCCGACAUCCAAACAUGGUGCUUCUUCUCGGCGCAUGUCCCGAGUACGGGAUCCUGGUCUACGAGCACAUGGCUAGAGGUAGCUUGGACGACUGCCUGUUCCGAAAAAGGAACAACACCCCGCCGCUCUCCUGGCAGCUGAGGUUCAAAAUCGCGGCCGAGAUCGCCACGGGGCUGCUCUUCCUCCACCAGACGAAACCCGAGCCGCUGGUUCACCGCGACCUCAAACCGGACAAUAUCUUACUGGACAUCAACUACGUCAGCAAGAUCAGUGACGUGGGCCUGGCCAGGCUCGUCCCGGCGAUGGUCGAGAACGUGACGCAGUACCACAUGACUUCGGCCGCGGGGACGUUCUGCUACAUCGACCCGGAGUACCAGCAGACCGGGAUGCUAGGGGUGAAGUCCGACGUGUACUCGUUGGGGAUAAUUCUGCUCCAGCUCAUAACCGCUCGACCUCCCAUGGGGCUGUCCCAUCUGGUCGAGACGGCGCUCGAGAACGACGCGCUGGGCUCGGUUCUGGACAAGGAGGUGAAGGACUGGCCGAUGGAGGAGACUUUGAUGUUCGCUAAGUACGCGCUUCAGUGUGCGGAGCUGAGGCGGAAGGAUCGGCCCGAUCUGGGCAAGGUUGUGUUGCCCGUGCUCAAUAACCUGAGGGAGUUUGCCGAGGAAAAGAUGGGUUACAUGUUUUUCAUGAGUGGCGCUAAUUACCCUUCUCCACCUAAUUAUAACAUGGCUUCAAUAGCCUCAGCACAGGAUGUGAUGAGUGAUCCUCAAGUCUUGAGUUCUGGGUUCUCGUCAAAGAACCCAUCGGCUGCAUCGUCUGAUCAAGUCGAAGCAGAAGAAGACGCAGAUGAUCCAUGAAAUGGGAGGAAAGGAUCACCGUUGAAGAUGCAUGAAGCAAGUGAUCAAACCAUAUGUUGCGUACAUAAUUUCAUUUAGUCUGACUAGCUAUCUUGACACACGGGGUUUGCCUCUUCAUGUACAUAAAAAUGUGGGGUUUGUACAAUAUUGAAGAAAGUCCUUGUGAAAAGAAGAUCUAUUGACUAAAGUUCAACUCUCUAGAUGGAUAGCUUUUUUCGCUUUAUUUACAUGUAAUGUCUCGCAUUCGUUAUGUAAAAUGAAGAAUUUCAAUGAAAACUACAAGGUUUUGCAAAAUUUUCCAGGCCUCCCACAUUGCUAGCUCUAAUGUCAUCGAGCUAUAUGGAAUAUAACUUUUUUAUUGGUACGCAUGGAAUGUGGGGAAAAAUGAAAGGGCUCAGUUUCUCCACAACAACAUUAUUGUCAAUACUCAACUGCUCAACAAUCUCACUCCAAUACCAAAUAUGAGAUCACCUGAUUUGUGAAACUCGUUUUCUUAUACCAUGGGUUGUUGCAAUCUCGACAAUCUGCCUCUAAUUAAGAAUAGAUGCAACACAAAUAUUCUCUGGUAUUACCUAUAAACUAGCACACUUUUUCGUAAUUCUUAAUAUUAUUAACUUACAUUAGUAUCAAGUGAUAUUAUCUUAUUUCUUUAGCACAAUUAGUGUUUUGCUUUUACGGGUAAUUAACAUAGACGGUCAGAAAACUUUGUACUUAGUACAAAACGGUUACAACCCUUUAAUUUGUGACGAUACGGUAACAAAAGUUUGAAAUUGUAUAAAAUGGUCACUUUUGUUUAAUUUGUGACUGCUUUGUAUGAAAUGCAAAGGUUCGCUAUCGAGUCGUUACAGAUUAAAAGUUUGUGACCAUUUUGAGGUCGCAUCGUGUGUUCGUCAAGUAUAUGACACUAACCACUUGAACAACAUAUGAGAUGUCAGGUCAUGUGUUCAUCGAUAUACUUGUUUUGCCGAAUAAGAAUGCCCAUUUUUUACCUUUCAAUUUCAAUAAAAAUAAAAAAGUAGGUCGAGUUUUCUCAACUAAAAACAGCCUGUAACUCAUUUGUGAGACAUUGAAUUCCCCUCACUUACAUCCUUUGUUGCGAUCAUAUCAUUCACAUAAAUUAACAAAAUCAUCAUAACUCGACUGAAGCAAAUUGUGAUUGAUCGUUCAAGUAUUUGAAAGUCGUACAGAACAAUCACCAAAAGUUUAAUUUGUAAAGACAUGAUAAGAAAAAUUUGAACUUGUA